AUGCCAUUUCCAGGGUCCCUUACAACAGAUCCCUGCCCCCAUGUACAUGGGCGAUCAGUGCAUGACAUAGCUGAGAUUCCUGAUGGUGGGCCAUCUUCUCCUAAGGACAAGUCAAAAGAAUACAAUUUCAAACCAAUUAGUUAUGAAAUGUGCUCCGAAGGCAGUGCUGAUGACUUCCGGUACUUUACUGGACUCACAAAAGGACAAUUUUUAGUUCUCUAUGAUUUUAUUGGUGGGGAUGAUGUGUGCAGCAAAUUGAAGUAUACCUUGGAUGUAUACUCUACCCUUAAGAGCAGGUUGUUCCUAGUUCUUUUGAAAUUGAGAAGAGAUCUUUCCAAUAGAGACAUAGGGAAAAUAAUGGGUCUAUCAGCAUCCCAAGCAGCAGUCAUUUUUACUACCUGGCUUCGACUGUUAGCCCUCUCAUUCAAAGAAAUUGAAGGAGACCUUGCAGUUUCAGCCAAAAAUCAAAACAGAAGGAAACCCCCAUGCUACAAGCCAUACAAAAACCUGAGGAUGAUUGUUGACUGCGCUGAGUUUGUUAUUGAAAGGUCUAGCAACAUGCAGCAGCAAGGUAACACUUUUUCAAAUUAUAAACAUAGAAACACAGCUAAAGUGCUAGUUGCAACGUCAUGCCAUGGUGGUGUGUCAUAUGUAAGUGGUGCCUAUGAAGGACGAAUAACAGAUCAAGAAAUUGUAAUGCAAUGUGGAUUCCUUGAUAUACUUGAGAAAGGGGAUGCCAUCAUGGCAGACAGGGGAUUCCUCCUGGAGGAAGAAAUGGCUAAGAGGGGAGUCAAACUUAUUAAACCACCAAACAUGACAAGGAAACAGAAGAAUAAUGAGAGGAGGAAGAGGUUCACUGCAAGCGAAGAGGUUCAAACCAAAAGUAUUGCUGGUGUAAGAAUAUAUGUAGAACAUGUGAUUGGAAAAGUUAGGAAUUACCAAAUUUUAGACAACAAGGUAGAACUUUUAUAUCUGCCAUUGUUACCUGACAUGAUUUUUGUAGCUUCAUGUCUCUUCAAUUUUAGUAAAUGCUACAUUGGAAAAAGCCCACUGUCAGGUGACAAAAAUCCAACCAAAGAUUUGCCCAGUGACAAGCAACCGAAUACUACAUUGGAAAAAGACCACUGUCAGGUGACAGAAAAUGCAACCAAAGAUUUGCCCAGUGACAAGCAACCGAAAGACUGA